AUGACGAAAUCAAGAUCAAGAACAACAACAACAUUAAUGUUUGAUCCAAAGCAUAAUCCAUUUUGGGUUUGUGUAAUUUCUCUUGCCAUAUUCAUUCCAUCAACAAGCUGCACCCCUACACCGCCAACUUUGAUCAACUUCGGCGACUCGAACUCCGAUACCGGUGGUGUUCUUGCUGGGACUGGACUCCCCAUCGGCCUCCCCCACGGCAUUACCUUCUUCCAUCGUGGUACCGGGCGCUUCGGUGACGGUCGCCUCAUAAUUGACUUCUUCUGUGAAGACUUGAAACUAAGCUAUUUGAGUCCAUAUUUGGAGUCCUUAGCUCCAAAUUUUACAAGUGGAGUGAACUUUGCAGUGAGUGGAGCAACUACACUUCCACAGUUUGUUCCUUUUGCUCUUGAUGUUCAAAUUCGCCAAUUCAUUCACUUCAAAAACCGUUCUCUUCACCUUCAAUCAUUAGGUAUAUGUAAAACUAAGAACAUAAUGGAUGAAGAAGGGUUUAAGAAAGGAGUAUACAUGAUUGACAUUGGUCAGAAUGACCUCUUAGUUGCCCUUUAUGCAUCAAAUUUAACCUACAAACCAGUGGCCCAAAAGAUCCCAUCUUUUCUUGCAGAAAUCAAGCUAGCCAUUCAGAAUCUAUAUGCAAAUGGUGGAAGAAAAUUUUGGAUACACAACACAGGACCAUUAGGUUGCUCUCCAAAAGAGCUGGCAUUGCAUCCCCACACCCACAAGGAUAUUGACCAAAUUGGGUGCCUUAAGGUUCACAAUCAAGUCGCCAAAUCCUUCAAUAAAGACCUAAAAAAUAUGUGCAAACAGCUACGAUCUCAAUUUAAGGAUGCCAUCGUUGUCUACGUCGACGUAUACACCAUCAAGUAUAAUCUCUUCGCCCAUCCCGACGUGUACGGGUUUGAGAAGGCAUUGAUGGCAUGUUGUGGGUACGGAGGGGCACCAAAUAAUUACAACGUGAAGGCAACAUGUGGGCAACCGGGGUACUCCAUCUGCGCCAACCCUUCCAAAGCUAUCGUUUGGGAUGGAGUUCAUUACAGUGAAGCUGCCAAUCGUGUUGUGGCUUCCGCUAUCUUAUCUGCCCAUUUCUCCACUCCUCAACUUACACUUCGCCAACUUUUCAUGCUUUAG